AUGCACGAUCAGAACUGUGCCAUUUCCGUACGUGCGCGCCCCGCCCCGCCCAUCCUGUCCCUAUUCACACCGCACUUCUAUUUUUCCUUUUUUCAAUUUCCUUUCACCGACUGUUGUAGUUCCGACUGUUGCCUCUUAUUGUUCUUCGUUCUCUUCUUUGCGCUUUCACCGUUGUGGCGAGCCGUCUGCGGCCCCUUCGUCGAUCCCCCUCUCCUUCUCCUGCCGCACACGACGCGGUGCCGGUGCGUAUUCGUGCGGUGUAGAGAGGCGGGGCUGAGGUGGGGACGGCGCCGACUCGCUUCUCGCGAUGCGUGCGGUUUUCUUUUUCGGCCCAAGUCGUUUGCUCGGACAGCAUCGGCGCGUUGGCGCUCAACAACGUCCUUCCUUCGCCGCUCUUAUCUCUCCAGCCCCCUGCCUCCCUGUUUCGCACUAUAUCCGCAAGCAACAGAUGCAUAUCCACUGCACUUGACAGUCAAGAAAGGAGAGGGAGAGCACUUGAAAAGGAUGUGUCGCACAGGUAGAAUCCUUUUUUUUCUUUUGGAAAAAGUAUUUCUUCUCUGUUGA